AUGAGUUCAAAUAACACUAGCGAAAACGGUAAUCACCGUCUUGGAAUCCCAACUACUCCUAAUAAUCAACCUACAUCGCCUUUAACAAAACCCACUAGCGCUCACUCCCAUCACCAACAUAGUCACCAACAUUCACAUUCUCAUCAUCCUCCACCAACUUCACUUCAUUUGCCCCAGAGUUCUGUUUUCCCAGGAUCAAUUCCCUCAAAUCCAAACACAAAUGCGUCCAAUUCCCAAUCAUCGUCUCGGAAGCCUUCUGUAGUGGAGCUUCUCAGUUCGCCACCUCCUUUACCUGCCAAUUACUCUUUUGCUGAUGACCAAUUACUGUCUUCUUUUAGUUUAUCACGAAAUGCAAGUGUAUCCUCAAGAGUAUCCGCCUCCAACACCUCCGCUUCAGGUAUUGUACAAGGAAUUGAUUGGACAGAAAUCCCCUUGAGCGAAUUGACCAGUCUGAACAAGUUGAUUCUGAUCAACAAUUCGUAUUCCAUUCAAGACGCCUUCAAGACAUUGGACUCAAACAGUCUUACAUCUGUACCCGUUCUGAUUAACCCCACAUCUCCUCAAGACCUUACAAACUGUCUUACUUUUGACUACUCUGAUUUGAAUACUUACUUGCUUCUUAUCAUGAACAAAAUUACAUUGGCUCAAUUGGCCACAAACGAAUUGUAUUCUGAUAAGGAUCCGCGUGAAAAGCAAGAAAUUAUUGCCAAUUUGAUUGCAAAGGCGAAGAGAGGUGAACCUGUUCCUGUUGACUUUAUUGUCAAGUUGCAUCCUAAAAAUCCUUUCCUCAAAUUCCUGGAACUGGAUACCUUGUUUAAGAUUGUUGAGGCCAUGGGUAAUGGUCAACAUCGUAUCGCUAUUCAUAAUCCUCGCAAACCAGAAGAGAUUACGGGUAUUCUUUCUCAAAGACGGUUAAUUAAAUACAUGUGGGAAAAUGCUCGUCGUUUCCCCGGUUUGCAACUGAUAUUUAAUCUGACAUUACAAGAAUUAAAGAUUGGACUGACCACUCCUAUCACUAUCUACGAUGAUCAAUUGCUUAUCGAUGCAUUGUACAAAAUGUUUGAGUACAGAGUCAGUUCACUUGCUGUCAUUGAUAAACUGAAAAUGUUGGUUGGAAAUAUUUCUAUCGUCGACGUUAAAAACGUAACGUCAUCUCAAAAGUCACAUUUAUUAUUCAAAUCUGUUCUUAACUUCAUAUCUUACAACUUGUCGCAGAAGGGCAUAGAGAAGGGUCAAGACCAAUUCCCUAUUUUCCAUGUUAAUCCUAAUACAAGUUUAGCUCGUGUUAUUGCAAAGUUAGUUGCCACUCAGUCCCAUAGAUUGUGGAUAGUGGAACUGACUGCCAGAAACAGUAUCAGUACAAUGCCAUGUUUAUCUGCCCCUGACACCCCUAUUCUGACACCUACUUCUGCAUCCGCACAAUUGGCAGCUGCUACUGUUGAAUCUCUUCUACAACAUCAACAACAACAACUGCAAGCGCAAAAUUCUGCUCCUACGCUGUCUUCACCUCAUGCCAGUCCUCAAACCCAACAGCCACCCUCAACACCCAAUACCAAUACAACUUCGCUCAAUGAGGUUGGAAGCAUCUCAAGCAACGGACGUCUCGUGGGUGUUGUGUCAUUGACGGAUAUUUUGGGUGUUUUCGCUAACUCUAAAGGAACCAAAACAGACCCUCAAUUUGCCCGGAAUCAACGUCGGAGAUCAAGUACAUCCACCACCAGAUCCAGUAUUGAACGUUCAAGUAUUGAGAUUCUGAGAUAA